AUGGCGGUUACCGAUCGCUGUCGUACUGCGUUGAGAAAUUUGGAACCGAUGGUACGUGAUGAUCACAUGCAAGCAGAUUUAAUACAACGUGCAUGCACCGAUGUUUUUCUAAUCGAUGGAAAGAAACCAACACUGAUGGAAGAAGUAGAACUGUUGGACACGUUUGUAAAUUACUUCUCUCCGAAAUCCGAUGAUGAAACGAAAACGCGUGUUUUCACCGAACUGUUCCCACUAGACAGAGAAAUCUUCCCUGAUCGGCUUCAAUUCCUCAUCAAGAUAUCGUCAUUGGCAAUCUACUUGGGCCACAAUCCUCUACUGGAUUUGAUUGCCGUUUGGCUAAAGGUUCGUAUCGCUUAUCUUUUCGCGGCCGCACUCUAUCCACCCACCAUGCAAUCCAUUACAAGCAUGUACCAUACCAUAAGCAGUUACGUAAGCGGUACCGUGACCGAUUUGCUCAGCAUCCCCAAAUUACCAUGCGGACCGCAAAUCUGUUUAAAUGCUCCGAUCAAAAUGGACGAAGGUUGUGAUGAGCACCCGCUCGCAGCACUGCCCACUUUAUCGUCCGCGUUUGUGGAUGCGCUGUUGUCAGGUAUUACUCUUAUCUACGGGCAUGCUCCCAGUUUGGUCUCCAUGAUUCUGAAAAAUAAUCCCAAAGAAGUCAGCCCCAUUGGUCAACCACCGGCCGCUCUGGUGCACUGUAUUAUAUUGUGGUUACAAGUUGCGCGAACACAUCCGCGUUCACAUCAUUCUUCUGGCUCACAUGGUUCUGUCGGUAGCUGGGCCUCGGUCGAUUGGCCCGGGAUAAUUCGACGUUACAAAUUCCAUACACACCUGCCAUCUAGUGCGGAACCUGUGCACACCCACUGCCCCCCGAUUCCCAUAGGUUUGGCUUGGUGGACCUUAUUCUGGCCCAUUUAUACCGAAAUGCGUCGUGAUCCCGAGGAAAAACUGCUCGCAGUUCAUAUGGCUGAAUUGCACUAUGAACUACUUCUGUGUUUAUCUGAAGGCAGCCCAAAUACGACUGGACAUCGACACAGUUCAGUCGGAGUUGUUGGUGGUUGUGGCUCCAGUGGCAGUGGUGGUAGCAGCCUGGGUUCCGGUGUGUGCGCCAACUGGAUUUUUCCAUGCUCACGUAAAUUGGAACGCACGCGAGAGUUCGCUUGUCUCGAACUCCUAAUACAGCGAGUUUUGACCUGCAUUGAGAAUGCCGGCAUCUCAAGCAAGAGUAAUUCGGAGGACUCACUUACUCCGGAAACACUGAUGAUAAUCCGGCUUUCAGAGUUUAUGCAAUUAGCCUGGGCAGGUGGUCGUAUAUGGAAUCUCAGUACAGAUGAAUUUGCAAAACUUCUCGCCCCGUUGUCCGGACACAAAGUGAUUGAUCUAGUUCGUGCCCGAUUCAAACGAGUCUAA